AUGCCCGGACUGAACGCCUGCCUAGGCUUCUUGCUGGCCGCCGCGGCGCUCGGUGCCUUCACCAGGGCGCUUCUAGGCCUGCACCCGGGCAAUCGCUUUUCACAGGAGCUGCCGGCGUCUUUCGUGCUGGUGGCGAGCCGCCUGGAAAUACAGACGCUGAUGGAGGUCGGCCAGUGGGUUGGAGGGUUCGGCGCGGACGUGGCGUCCAGCGUGCUGUUCGUGGUGCUGGUGGUGCAUGGCGCUGUGUACCGGUGCGCCACCGGGAACCCGUGCGUAACCAUUAUGGAGUACCUAUUGUGCCGGGAAGGCGCGCUCUCGGUGCUCGCCGGCCUCGCUGCACACUUCCUGGGAGCCUGGCUCGCCCAGCUUUUUGUGCACUACUACUGGUCCCUGGAGCUCAGCGACAUGCACAUGAUCCGAAACCUGAUGAUGCAGGCAUGCAGCCCCACUCUGCGUGUCUCCGUGUACCAGGGCGCGUUCACGGAAGGCGUGUGCGCGCUGGCCUUCCAUCUCUUCUACUUGAGCGUGCAGCGCGCGCCCGCAACCUUCGGGGUGCCGGUCGUAGCGCUGGCCCUGGCCUUCCUGUCCUAUGCAGCCAGUGACUACACCUCCGGCCUCAUCAACCCCUCACUGGCCUACACCCUCACCUUCCACUGCCCCGGCUUCACCCUCUUGGAGUACACAACGGUGUUUUGGCUCGCACCUCUGGCCGGAAUGGCUGUGGCGCUAUUCUUGCACUGCGGUCACAUUCCCCGCCUAUUCUCACGAAAUUUACUGUACUCUCAGAAGACCCGCUUCCGAGUACCAACAGAAGUAAAGAUAAAGGCAGGAAAGGUGAAAUGACAAGAUGCCAGCAGG